UGCUUACGUUGUUGACACAAAUCUGCUUUGAACUUUGACCAAGCCUAAUGAAAAGUCUUUGUUUUCUAUCUUAUCAAUAGCGGGUAUAUUCUACGAGAAUUGUACCGUACGUCGAAAAAUAGUGAUAGGGAAUGGGAAGGAGGGGAACUCCGGGCUCGCUCCACGUGCGUCUCGCGAUCAUCGGGAAACGAUGGCGAACCGAGUGCUCGGCAGCGCGACGGUGAACACGCCUAAACAGCUGUACAAAUAUUUAUUACGCGAAUGCGAAAAACUGCCGAAACACACGCAGCAAUAUUACAAGCACUCGGUCAAACAAAGUUUCAAGCAGCACGCCUCGGAAUCCGAUGAGGAACGCGUGCAGCAAAUCAUGGAACAGGCACUGCUGGACGCUAAGUGGGUGAUACAAAAGUACAACCAGCCAGGCAGUACCCCAACGCCCAAAUGAUAAACACAAGUUGUGAUCUACAAGAAGCACAUGUGGCAAAUUAGUAUUACCUAGAUAGAAA